GGAGUCACAACAAAAACAUGUUUGUUUGUUUUUUGCAGAUGAAAAGCCGACCGGAUUACUGUUACUUCUAUGAAGUUAACGUAAGAGGACGCAAUGAAUAGCGGGUUCAGUUGAUGCGGUACAGCAGCGUGAUCGAGGCUCGGGGACUGCACGGGACAGCUCCGCACCGCCUCGUCGCCGUUAUGUUGCCCGUGAGCUAACCUGGUUAGCUUCCUUCAGCUAACGCUAGCUUCUGGCGACAACGCCGACUGGCGCAAACGUUAGCUAGCGUUAGCCUAGCGGCAGCUAAGCUCCGUGACGAGAGGGCGGACGUGUAGUAAACGUUACGCCGAACAAAAACACCCCCACCCCCCCCACGCACCCGGCUAACACCAGUUCUAUCGCUCUAGGUUUACUGACCCCGCGUCUAUGGGCCGAGUCGAGUUAUUGCCCCGGCUCGUCCUAUGGAGCCUAGCGAACGGGCUAGUUUUUGACUAGCUAGCCAUUAUGCGCCGCGGGGACCAGGUCAAGCCAGGCGUUGUGAAUCGGACACGGCUGCCGAGAACACAGGCGAGCGACGCGGGCUUGAGCUGUGCUGCUUUUUUUUUUUAGCGGCUAGGCAGGCUGGCUACUCGGCGGAUCCACCCCGGGGUUCGUUACCUCUUCGCCCGCAAUAGCGCUUGAAAAUAGUCCGAGCCAGUCGAUCAAAAGGUUCGCUUAUUCGUGCAAUGUAUGAAUUACCUGUUACGGUGAAUUGUGAUCGAUCGUGUCCUCCUCUGCAGCUCUCUUCCCCCUCCUAGCUCCAAAAUGGCGCCAAUAUGUGUGGAUCGGAGUGCCCGUGGGUACGAACGAUUGGCGGGUGUGUAGCGCCACCUAUGGAGCGAGUGUAUGGAGUUUUUUUUUUCAAGUGGUGCCCUUAAAAUCCGUUAAAACCCGACAUUUAUCCAUCUAUUUGUUUAAACAAAAUAAAUAAUUAGCUGCGUAUUACAAGUCGUACUCAGCAGACAGUCCGCUCAAGUGUGACGUGAUUUAAAAAACUACAUAACAGACAAUCAAUUAUUGAAGAGAUCAACAUACCAGUCGUGUUGUUUCGUAGCAUAACGCGGGAUUCUGUUUAGCCAACAGAAAGGGAAUCGUUUAGUUCAUUUGUGUGAAGUAGUCCACGUCGUACAGUCCAGGCCGAAUGCUUUUAAAAAACGUCCUGACGGGCUAAACAGCGCGCAUUUCAAAUAAGCUUUUAUUUUAGUACGGAAACGACCCCAUAAAUGACACACCCAAUAAACAUAACUGCUCUCGUUAGGGUAACACUGAAUGUUUUUCCAAGUAAAAUGUAUUUACGAUUAGUUUAGCUGCCUCUUAAUAAUGCUGUUAACAUAUGGGAGUUUUAAACUAGUCAGAACGUCCAUUCAUUCAUCCCUUUCUCCAGUGCUGUGGAGCCUUUAUUUCCCUGCUAAGCUAUUCAGUGAUGCGCAACAUACAAGAACAGCUGUUCCUCACGCAGCCUAAGUGCAUUACUUAUGAGUAAGUCAUUCAACUUGUCAUUGCAUUUAUCUUACUCGGGUUCUCCAGCCGAACUACAGGGAGAUUUCCAAUACAACAUUUCAGAUGUGCUGGUGUUUUUACACUACUACUACUACAGGGGCAGAACACUAUACCAGAACAAUACCUGUUAAAGCAUAGGCAGAGAGCAGGUUGUCAAAUGUUGAAAUACAAUUUAAUGAAAUUACAGAUUUAUUAUCAUUUCAAACUGAACCCAAAACGCCCAGAACAAGCGAUUGGAUCGUAGCAUUUAAGAAUUACCAUCAGUUAACAUUGAAUAUUUAUACACACAAACAACAGAGUUGUUUGUAUUACGAGCAUCUCUUUAUUUACGCGCACGGAGACUUAAUUGGAUGACGCGCGGUCCUGUUCUCAAUCAACCAAUCAGCGGGCGGCGGCCACAUUGGCGACCGUUUAAAUCCCAGCAGGAAGCACUCAGACUGGUUUCAUGGCCCCAGGAUGGAGGGGUUCUUGUCCACGUGUCCGGCAUACAGCGUCGCUGUUCCAGCCCAGGACAUCGGCUGGGCAAAGAGAGAGGGCCGCUUCCUGAUCCCCCACGGCCUGAACUACCUGGAGCUCUGCAAGGCCAUCCUGGCCCAGGUGCACCCGGGUGCGGCCCCUCCUCCGUUCCGGAAAGCCCCCACCAAAGAGUGCGGCGUGCAGGUGAACGCCAAAGUGGAUAAAAUCGUGCAGUGCUCGCUGGGUCCCAAAACGCUGCUGUGCGCGGAGGGCGACCGUCCCGGGUCCCCGAGGACGCCCGACAGCCCGCAGCCGAUCAAGCCGGAAGGGAAGGCACCGUACGACACGCCGCCGCUGAGCCAGCUGCGGUACCGGAGGCCCGUCUCCAUCUACUCGCCGGUGUUCGACCGCCGGAUCUUCACGAAGAAACUCGACCUUACCGGAAGUGGGGACGAAGCUGACGCCGCCGAACCAGCGGGGCGUGAGGCGGAUCCCCGUGACGAGGUCCCGGUGCCGGAGGUGAAGGCCCUCCUCCGCGGGCCUUCAAAGGGGUCCAGCUUUCAGUUCCUGGAGCAGAGGUAUGGAUUUUUCCACUGCAAAAAGUGCAACAUCCGGUGGGAGAGUGCUUAUGUGUGGUGCAUCUCUAGUACCAGCAAGGUUUACUACAAGCAGCUCUGCCGGAAGUGUCAGGUGGGGUUCAACCCCUACAGAGUGGAGUCCAUCGUCUGCAAGGGAUGCUCUCAAACCUGCUGCAGCUGCGAGAAGAAGCAGAGGCACAUCAACAUGAAGAGGCCUCAUCGCCAGGACCUGUGUUGUCGCUGCAAGGGCACCAGGCUGUCAUGUGACGUCACCUACAGCUUCAAAUACAUUGUCUGAACCGCCUUGCAUGUUCACGCUGGUCUGGGAUCUGUUUCUGUAGAGAGGGAGUACAAAUCACCCGUGGAAGUUGCCUCCACUAACAGACCGCAGAGAUUUAUGUAUUCUCCUGCCAGCGAGUAGAUGAAUUCUUGGCUUGGUUGUUAUUUUGAUGCAACUUCUCAAAAGGGGUUCUUUUUGUUUCCUUUCAUCAAUCCUGGAGCUCAACUUAAAUAUGAACUAUUUUUGUAAAACUAAAAAAAUCAAUAUAUAAAAUAAAGAAAUUGUAUGUCAAAAGUUGUAUUGUAAUUUCAAUUAAUUCAUAACUUUGCACAAUCUUUUUAUAGCGAUAAACGCUCCCUGGUUUCACAAAUGCAUGCAACUUCAUGCAAUAAAAUCCGGUAAAGAGGAAUGAUGAAAUGCAGAGGAAAUAACUUGAUAUGUAUUUUACUUUGACAAAUACUUGUACAGAGCAUCAACUAAAAAAACUUCACAAAGGCUGUAAAAGUAUUUACAAGGUGGAAGGAAAAAAAAACUAGUCUUGACCUAAAAAGCUUUAAAAAUGUGCAAUUUGUUGUUUGGCAUGCACACACACGUUCUCCCACACACAGGAAAGAAAAAAAAAAACAUACCCACAUGGGCUUAAAGCCCCCUUUUGUACCUCACACA